UAGUAUAUAGUUGAGUGCUUUGUUUUCCCAUUUCUAGAGUACUAGUAUUAGCCUUGUAUUUUCGUAUUCUUAGAUUACUACUUCUGUUUCUAUUUGUUGAUUCUUUAGCCUUGAUUAUUGUAUUUUAGUGUUGCUCUUCCUGCUUGUUACUGCUAUACUCUUUUUCAUCUGUUUUGAGCCAAGGGUCUAUAGGAAACAACCUCUCUUCUUUUUAUGGUAGGAAGAUGGGCAUGAGCCUGAUGAUUCAUUUGGUCUCAUCCCAUUUUAGUUAAUUGUAAUCUUGUAGAACCAAGAGUAAACCUUAAGGGAAACUGGUAUGACCAUCAUUUUCCAUAUCCAAAAUACCAACUUGUAUACCAUCAUUAACAUCAAUGCAUGCUAAUGAAUCUAUAGCAACUACUCGUUACUUUUAUACAUUCUAUAUUUUUAUAUAUUGACUAAAAAUAAAAAACUUUUUAAUGCGCGAGACUUUUUUAUAAAUGGAAAAUGGUCAGAUUUGUCUUUAAACCAUACAAAAUGGACUAAAUUUGCCCUCUUCUAAUCCUCAGCACCUCCAACAGCCACUGCUCCAUCACCCGAGCUCUAGCUUAUCACUCUUUAUGUUUAAAAAUAUUGAUCUGUACGUGUCCUUUUUUCAUCAAAUAACUUGGCAAAAUAAACGGAUCUUGACACCUUUAGAGACAAUUGGAAUCUUGGCAACUAUAAUAUCACUAAAUUACACGUGUGAUUUAGAAUUACAUGUAUUGUCAAUCCUCAUUACAUUAGUUUGUUGAUCCUCUAUGGGAGGCAAAUUAGGAUUACAUGUACAUUUAAUUUCUACAUUUCACGUCGUCUCAAAAGAUGGGAUGAGUUUUCACGAGAAAAUUAAUAGACAUGUUGAGAAGAUGCAACAAUGGAUAAAAAAGAAUAUAACUGUAGUAGCAUCUAAGAAAUUUAAAAUUUUGAUGUCUGUAAAAAAAUUUGGCGUCGACAACGGAGCUAGGGGCCGUCUGAUUUAGAUUAAAGGCCUAAAAUUCUUCUUCCAGGAGCUUAGUGUUGUAGUUGAUUUUUGAGAUUUGAUCAACUACAAUUGUUUUGCUGGUUAGGCCUUGUUUCCCACAUACUAAUCUUCAGCUUAUCUAGCAGAACAACUGGCAGUUGUCAAGAUUCUUGUUGUCUCUAGGAGUUAUCAAGGGAUACCUAGCACACAAACAUCGCCUAAGUGGUAGCUUGAUAUAACUAUAUCAUCCAUGUGCUGGAAAAUAGUGUGUCAUUGCAUUAAGAUAGGCUUUUCUUGGCUUGAAGAGGCAGAGGAGUUGUCAAUUUUCUUUAUUGGUAGGAGGAGGCAUGCCACAAACAUCGCCUAGAAUAACUAAGUUGCCUGUUAGAUCUAGAUCCAACUCAGGUCCCUAUUCUCUACUUCUAUAUAUAUAUGAAACAAAAGCCAGAAAAAAAGUAGUACAACUUGAAAACAUAGAAUUGGACCUUUCAAUUCAACAAGAAAAAACAAAUGGCUCCUUCCUCACCUUUGAGAUCAAAAACCACCCUAAAGCAUGCUCGUUCUAGCAGCUUUCCCUCUACAUCUCACCCUAUUGUAUCUCAAUUCGAUGAGCAACUGUCUAGACUUACAUCUUCUUCAGAGGCUACUUCUUCCUCCCUUUCAUCCUUCACUUGUAGAUUUGGUGAUCUUGAAAACUUAUUGGAUUACACGGAAGAUUUGCUUCAACUACCACAUGUUCAACAAGCCAUUUCACUGAACAUUGAUGAAUUAUUAGAGGGGUACCUCAAGGUAUUAGACAUUUGUUCCACCAUCAAAGAUCUUUUGUCGAAUGAAAAACAAAACAUACAAGACCUUCUUUCAGCUCUUCGUAGAAGACGGAAUAUGGAUGACAUUUCUGGCUAUCUAACCUCUAGAAGAAAGUCCAAGAAGAUGAUCCAAAAACUUGUUAAAAAUUUGAAGAGCAUGAUGAAGGAAAAUAACUUGGCAUCAAAAAAGCCUGAAAUAUCGGCUAUUGUUGGAGAAUUGCAGGAUGUCCAGUUAGUCACUCUAGGACUAUUUAAGGGCUUGUUGUCCUAUGUCAAUGGAACAGGAUCUCAAUCAAGUAGUUGGUCCUUGUUGUCCAAGAUUAUGCUCUCAAAAAGUGAGGAAGUAGAAGCCAAUGAAUUUGACAAUGUUGAUGCUGCUUUGUGCUCACUUCUCAGUCACAACAAGACCAGCAAAUAUGAAGAAUUGACGAGUCAGUUGCGAGAGAUGGAGGUAACCAUUGAGGUUGUUGAAGAAGGGCUUGAAUGCUUUUUCAGGCGUUUAAUCAAAACCCGAGUGUCCCUCCUCAAUGUUUUGAAUCACUAGCAAGUCAAGAAUGGAUGUUGCCUAUCCAAAAGUUUUGUACUACAGUAACACAUGUACAUUUUAUUAUU